UUUCGAUUCGAAGACUACAUGAAGCUGAAAAAUAAUCCUCCACCUUGCUAUUUCAUAAAGAAGACAAUCCGUCGAUAUGAGAUGUGGUUGAAAAAUAUAUCAAAUAGGAUUCGACGUAUCAGGCAAAAGCAAAAAGUGCAAAGUAAUGUAAACACUACGCCUAACAAGCCUCACUAUAUUUAUAACCAGCAAAAAAAUAUCUGUAUGAACAAUACUUUCUUAACUCCUUUUCCAAAAAAGCCUGUCCAAUAUCAGAGUUACUAUUCCCAAAGGGAAUCUUGGAUAGAUAAGCCACGUUCAUUGAUCCCUCCUCCUUUAUCACCAAAGCCUAUUGCAUUAAUAAAUGGCUUCAAGAGAUAUACUAUGCGACGUAGUACAAGUGCACCAGAAAUUUCAGCCUAUAGAUUUGAGAGAAACCAGGUCUUAAUUGAUGCUGAGGAAUAUUUUAAUUCUGUGUGA